AUGCGUCUGGCUUUAUAUUUUAUAUUAAUAAGUUCAGUCGAAACACAUAGUGUGUUUUUGAACAACCUAUUAAAGACCCUUGAGAAAGAGCUUCAUUACAAUACAAUACUUCUUUUAACUCAAAGUAACACGUGCUGGAAUCUACAAGACUUUCAAGAAGAGUUUCCCAUUCUAAACUUCAAUGCAAAUUACAAUGUGUAUCUAAAAGAUGCUUUCAACUCAAAUAUACUGGUACUGGUUUGCUUGGAAAAAACUGAAAAAGAUAUAAUGAAGGCACUGUAUAGUAAUCUUGAAGAUAUGCGAGAUACACCCACCAUACUAUUCGGGUCUUCAGAUAGCCACAUUCAUAAACUAUUCCAGCAGUGCUUAAGUGAAAGUAUGCUCAAUGUGUUGGCAUUUAAGGGAUCAAACAGAGGGUUUAUCUACAGCUUCAAGGCAUUUCCAAAAUUAAGCAUAAUAAAACGAAAUGUAAUGGAAAUUCGACAAUACUUUGAGCCUCAACUCCAAGACAUGGGGGGAUAUACCUUAGAGGCACUACCCGACAACAUAAUCCCUCGAACUGUGGUCUACCGAGAUGCCGACGGAACUCGCCAGUUGGGUGGAUAUCUCAACGCCUUCAUACGGAACUAUGUUAACACCAUGAAUGCAACUCUUCACAUUUGCUGGGAUCUAGUACCUGAAGAGGGUAUGAGGCAUUUGACGAAUAUUACCAAGCUGUCGGAGAUGAAGCACGUCGAUUUUCCGCUGGGUAUUGAUGGUCUGGGCAUUGACUCAAGCAAAACUAACAUUCCUAUGGAGGUAUCCAGCUGGUUCCUGAUGGUACCCAUGGAAAGCCCCCGUGGCCGAAAUCGUUUCUUUAUUGAAUUUCCUCUAAGAAGACUAAUACCUCUUGCGUUCCUGAUGGCUUUAGUGCUAGGUAAUUUCCAUCGUUUGGAAUCGGCCUUGAGUCCCAGCUGGCGAUGCUGCUUUGUCGGAGAUAAAGUUUUGCGAGGAUCCCUGGCACAGCCUUUUACCUUACCCCGAAGACUAUCCACCAAACUGAUGUGUAUUUAUUGGUUGAUCCUGCUGAAUGGUUUCUUUUUCAGCAACUUUUAUAUGGCCAGUUUGGAGACCUGGCUAGUUCAUCCACCAGCGAAUGAGAAAAUCCAGGGCUGGGAUCAAAUUCGUAGCCGGAAGCUUAAAAUCCUUAUUAUACCAACUGAGUUGAAUUACCUAGCCUUUACAAUGGGCUCCGAGUUUGUGGAUACCCACAGCGAUAUAUUCCAGAUGACGAACUCUACGGACUUUCAGAGAAAACGCAUCUCGAUGGAUCAAUCUUAUGCCUAUCCUGUGACCUACACCCUAUGGCCAUUUCUGAUGCACUCUCAAGAUAGACUUCGUCGACCCAUUUUCCGUCGAUCCAAGGAGCUGGUUUUCAAGCCAUUUAUAAUUUUGGCAUUGCACCUGCCAAGGAACUCCAUUUUCUACAAGUCCCUUCUUCGCUACACAGAUUUAACUCACGCUACUGGGCUGUAUAGAUUUUGGUUCAGAAACACCUUUAACGAACUUGUGGUCCUUCGAAAGAUCUCCUACAAAGAAGAUGAGGUUGAGGUGUAUUGCGAUCUCAAAUGGCUGGACUUUUUGUAUGUAUGGCUGGCCUUUUUGGUAGGAACUAUCUUAAGUUUUCUGGCGUUUCUCUGGGAGCUUGGUUACUACAGGUGGCAUUGAAAGAAAACACCACUCCAAAUGAAUUUAUAAUAUAUCAACUUAUUAACCACAAAUAAAUGCUAAUCGUUCUGUCAAUUUCAUGGGUUUAUGGUUAUGGAACUAUUCUUGCAGGUCAUGGAAAUAUAUUGAUUAAAUGGUUGGCAGCAGAGCAACCUUGACCAAUAUGCCUAUCUCAAUUUGAACUAAACUAAACUACAAUCAAUCUAAAACUAAACUACACUGAGGAUAAUGCAGAGCAACCUAUCUUAUCAGGAGGAUUUAUUCAGUCUGCUGGUUUACUUCCAAUGGCAUCGAUAAGAAAGCAAUCUAAGGUCCUAACUCUAUUAAAUAAUUGUUGAUAUGCCAAUAAAAUUCAUGAGAACACUAUUAACUAAUUUUUGA